AUGAGCUCACUAUCCCCCCUAGAACGGGCCGAAUACCUCGUCAAGUCCCUCGAGGACUACGGCCGAGGCGACUACAUCGGCGAGUCCAUCAGCCAACUCGAACACUCGCUACAGGCUGCCAGUCAAGCACAGAAAUCGGGGGCCAGAAAUGAGCUGAUCAUCGCCGCCCUCUUCCACGAUAUCGGGCAGAUCAUCCCCCUAGAUGCGACGAAGGAAGUCCGCAUGACACUCAAGGAAAGCAGCUCGGAGAAUGUUGGUCGCAUGGGCCACGAAUCCAUCGGUGCCGGGUACCUGCGUUCUCUCGGGUUCGGCGAGAAUGUGUGCCAGCUUGUGGGGAGCCAUGUUGCUGCGAAACGGUAUCUUACCGCGGUAAAUCAUCAAUAUUACGAUACGCUCUCUUCCGCUUCGAAGAAGUCGCUUCAGUUCCAAGGCGGCCCGUUCACAGGUGACGAGCUGGUGAAAUUUCGGGACGACCCGUUAAGAGACGAGAUGGUGGCUCUGCGACUCUGGGAUGAUGCAGCCAAGGUCCCUGGGGUUGAGGAUUCGACGCCACGGGCAAGGGCGUACUUGGAUUUGAUCACGGCUCAUCUGGAAGAGCAGGAAGGGAGGUAAUGUGAAAAACGCGUGGUAAAAAUAGAAGUAUACCCGAGAUUAAUAUAGUUUAUUCAAUAAUAUUCAGACCAA